GUAAACAUUAUGUUGCGAUGGAGGCGCGCUGAAAAAAAGGUGGUAUUUUUGGGUGACUUCAACCGCGAACGAAUCGUGUGAAUGAUUAUCGCACGAAAUUGACGCUGGGUCGAUAAUCAUGCCCCGACGCGUGGUCCAGUGAGUGCGUCAUCACCGUACGCCGUAGCAACUGCCUGUGCGGUUCCGGGUUGCUGUGAUUAAUCACCGUAGAGCACUGACAGCGAGAAAAGUGCAUCUCCGUGCGUUCGGGUACGUACUGCAGCAGCAGCAGCUUCUGGUGCUGGUGUUGCUGCGCCCUGCGGUUGUGUCGCGACAGUUGAGUGACAAAUUCUACGAGAAGCAUAAGCAUCCUAGAACAAAAGAUGGGUAUCUUGGACGAGCGUGGCUUCCUGUACGUGCUGGCCGAUCUACUAUCGAUCGUGACGAUCGCUUCCUGUCUCAUCUCGAAGGUUCCGCAGAUUCAGACGGUCCGGAGGCUGCAAUCAGCCACCGGUCUCAGCGUGAAUGGCUUGCUCAUGGAGCUCGCCAGCUACACCGUGACGAUGUUGUAUAACUUUACCAACGGCUACGCCUUUCUGUCCUACCUGGAAUACCCGAUCCUUCUGGUACAGGAGUACGUUCUUGUCUACUUCGUGCUGAAGUACUCUUCGAUGCUUGGCCAACGAGCUUACAUGUGGGCUGGAGUGUACGGUGUCCUUUUCUUUGGCUUCGCCACCGGGCUCAUCCCUUCGUCCGUGCUUAUGAUGCUUGUGCCCUUUACGACCCCGGUCGGUGCUACGAGCAAGGUGAUGCAGUUGAUCGCCAUCUUGCGCUCGAAGGACUCUGCAUCGGUCAGCUUGAUUACUUGGGCCAUUUCUGCGUUCACCAACUCAACGCGCAUCUACACGAUCAUGCUGGAUUCCGGUGACCGUAUGCUGCUGGCCAACUUUGGCGUCUCCACCAUCUUGAGCUCCUCGGUGUUGCUGGCCGCAUGGUAUUACAAAAAACCAAAGAAGGAAUAAUGGGCGCCGAUGCGCUUGAUACCAAAGAAAGGCAGAUGGGCCUCGUAAUGAUGUACCGAGCACGCUUAAACCAAAUUCUAUGCCUAAUAGUCAGCACGCCAAAUGUUUGCGGCCUUUUACGGUAGCGUCUCGAUUGGUCCACUCGUGUACUUGCUACUUUAUUUUAACUUUUAACAACAUCCUCUAACGAACAAAGUUUACCAGCUAACGAUGAAAUAUAAAGAGAUUAACUUCGAAACGAAACGAAAAAGAUGGUAAUUCCUAAGGCUUUUAAAUAUGAUCAUGCUUCUGCAUUGUGAAGCUGCCGGUAUUUCCAAAUUGGACGAAGCAUUCCCAAAGGUAAUUCCCCUCGUUUAUCAACUCGUUAAGAAUGA